CCCAGCUUGCAAAGGCACCUGUCCGUCUCCCGGAUCGCCGGUGCUUUUGCGCGCGGACUUUUGGUUUCCUUUGCCUCCAGAACCUCUACUUGUCUUUUCUCUCCAUCAUACGCACAUUCCGCAGAGUCCUCGUCGCCAUGAGUUUCAAAGGCUUCCAGAAGAGCAUUAUUAGGGCGCCGCAAACCUUCAAGUCCAGGUUCAACAUCGGCGAGCACACGAAAGACGCAGUAUAUAUCGACGCCGAACGCCGCUUCCAGGAGCUGGAAAAGGAGACGAAGAAGCUCCACGAUGAGUCCAAGAAAUACUUCGAGGCCAUCAAUGGCAUGCUGUCCCACCAGAUUGAAUUUAGUAAAGCAAUGACCGAGGUUUACAAGCCCAUCUCCGGGCGCGUGUCCGACCCCGACUCCAUAAAGCCCGAAGGCAACCCAGAGGGCAUCGCGGCUUGCGAGGAGUACGAGGCUGUGGUUCAGGAGCUGCAAGAGACUCUGGCGCCAGAGCUGGAAACGAUAGAGACCAGGGUCAUCCGACCUGCCAACGAGCUGCUAGACGUCAUCAAGGUCAUUCGGAAGACUGCACUAAAGCGAGAUCAUAAGCAACUCGACUACGAUCGACACCGUGCUACUCUCAAGAAGCUGCAGGAUAAGAAGGAUCGCUCCGCCAAAGAUGAAAAGGCAAUGUGGAAGGCCGAGGGCGAAGUCGAGCAAGCCACGCAAGAUUUUGAAUACUACAACAACCUGCUGAAGGAUGAGCUGCCCAAGCUCUUCUUGCUGGAGCAAGAGUUCAUCAAGCCACUCUUCCAGUCUUUCUACUACAUGCAGCUGAACAUUUUCUACACACUGCACGAGCGAAUGCAGCGGUGCGAUAUUGGAUACUUUGAUCUGACCCGGGAUAUUGAGGAGGCCUUCGAGGACAAGCGAGGAAAUGCUCAAGAGCUAGCUGAAGCCUUGGGCAUUGUAAAAUUCAAGACAACCGGACAGCGGCGGCCACCUCCCAAGCAUGGUGCUCGCCCCACCAUUGAGGCCGGCAAGCCUCAGGGAUUACUCACCGCAGGUUCUGUGACGCCAGAGAAGACGAGUCCCAAGUUUGGCAGUUUCCAAACCCAAACGGAAGACUAUGGUGAAGCGGCCGCACCGCCGCCAUACAGCACAGCUACAAAGCCUGGUGGAGCAAACCUCUCGUCGGUUGUUGCUUCCAAGGCGAAGCCUCCACCACCACCAAAGCCCAAGCCAGGCCGUCUGAGCGGCGCCCCGCCGCCCGAGACGGUGACGGCUUUGUACGACUAUGCGGCGCAAGCAGACGGUGAUUUGAGCUUCCAGGCAGGCGACGUUAUCGAAAUCAUACAGAGAACGAAGAACGACAAUGAGUGGUGGACAGGGAGAAUAAACGGCAAGCAAGGGCAAUUUCCAGGAAAUUACGUCCAGCUGAAUUAG